CACAAUUUUUUUUUUUCCGUUUAAUGAUAAGACAUAUAUUGCAUGUUGCUUCUUUUGGGAUCUGUGGUAUGGUACACACAUAUUGUGCAUGAGGUACUAUAGGGAGUUUUGGAUGGUUGAUAACUAACACAGUUUGUAAUGAUGUAUGUAUUUCUAUAGUCUUUAUGUUAUGAUUUAUCACAUAUAACUAUUGACAUUUUUGCUGCAAUGCAUGAAUUCUGGAGAGAAACAAUUCUUGAAUAGAUCACGGCAAUGUGGAAAUGAAGAACAUGUCAAAACAUUGUAAUAUGUUUAGAUAAUUUAAUUUUAAAAUAUUCAUUGAUUUGAGAAAUGCAAAAAGUUGUAGAGAAAAUUGAAGUCUUCACAUAGAAUUGAUUGCACAUUACAUGUAUAAUGAAAAACCAUCAGGCUCAAUAAAACCCCAGAUUACAUGAUAUGAAGAUUUUGCAGUUGUGAUGCUGAUAUUUGAAUGCAGUAUUUUGCAUUAAAAAUCAUUCAAAUUCUAAGUCUUAUGAAUUCUAGUUGUAGAACCUGCAACAAGCUAAAGAGUUGUUGUCUUUAGUACUUUUUCAAAAAAUCUGUUACCAGUAUUUACUGUCUGAAUUUUACAACUAUAAACUCAUGUGUUAUUUUUUGCAUUCCAAUAAUAAUGGAGUAUAUGCAAACUAACAACCUUGUACUAGGAAGUCAUCACUUUAGCUGUCUAAACCUGACUGAUUUUCUUUAGAGUGUCAUGGCCCUUUGCUUGUUUACAAUAUGUUACUUGCAAUUCUCAACUGAUCAAAGUUUCAAACUUAAGUAAUAUGUUUGCCUCUGACGUUGUCCCUGACAUCUGAGACAUUAGGCAGCACCACCCCAAGGAUCCCCUUGCCAGAACAGUAACCAAUAACUGUACAUCCUUGACCAUUUGUUGGAUGCCUGGCCGGGAGAUCCUUUACACCCUCUAGUUCUGUGUGGGGGAUUUUUUAUGACUGAUUUGCAGGUGAUAACCCCGUUCAGGAACCUUGUUCUGUGCGCAGACAGUCGGAGAGAGAUGGAGGAAUGGAUCACAGCCCUUAAAACGGCCACUAACAAAGAGUUUUACGAUGGAAAUGCCAGUCAGCGUGAGAUGAUGUCCGGCCAGCACAACUGGUACGCGUGUUCCCACGCCCGUCCCACCUACUGCAAUGUCUGCCGCGAGGCCCUCUCAGGGGUCACCUCCCACGGACUCUCCUGUGAGGUAUGCAAGUUCAAAGCCCACAAGAGAUGUGCUGUGAAAGCUCAAUCUAACUGUAAGUGGACCACUCUGGCGGCCAUUGGAAGAGAAAUUCUGGAAGAUGAAGACGGUCUGAUCUCAAUGCCACACCAGUGGUUAGAGGGAAACCUGCCGGUCAGUGCUAAGUGUAAUGUCUGUGACAAGACUUGUGGAAGUGUGCUAAAACUACAGGACUGGCGGUGUCUCUGGUGUAAGGCCAUGGUUCAUUCAAACUGUAAGGACCAGAUUUCGUCGGUUUGCCCCCUGGGUCAGUGUAAGCUCUCUAUCCUACCUCCCACUGCCAUCAACAACAUAGACUCGGACGGAUACUGGGAGGCCACCCGACCCCCCAGGACCAGCCCCCUGCUGGUGUUUGUCAACACCAAAUCGGGAGACAAUCAGGGUGUUAAAUUUUUACGACGAUUUAAACAGCUUUUGAAUCCUGCUCAGGUGUUUGAUUUAAUGAAUGGGGGACCACAUCCUGGGCUGAGGCUGUUUCAGAAGUUUGACCAGUUCCGGAUCCUGGUGUGUGGGGGUGAUGGAAGUGUUGGCUGGGUUCUCUCAGAAAUCGAUAAACUUGAUCUCCAUAAACAGUGUCAGAUGGGGGUGCUGCCCUUUGGGACAGGGAAUGACCUGGCCCGGGUCCUGGGGUGGGGAUCAACCUUCGACGCUGACACACAGCUACCUGUGAUACUAGAAAAAUUAGAACAUUCACAAAUUAAAAUGUUAGAUAGGUGGAGUAUAUGGACUUACGAAGGAACAAUGCCACCACCUCGAAAACUUUCUCAACAGUUUGACCCGAUAUCUGUGUAUGAGGAUUCAGUGGCUAACCAUCUCUCCAAAAUGUUACAUUCCGAGGACCACGCUGUUGUCAUUUCUUCUGCAAAAGUAUUGUGUCAAACUGUAAAAGAUUUUGUGGCAAAAGUAGGAGAAGCACACGAAAAAGAAGGCCAGAAGGACUCAGACAUUGCCUUAAAGUGUAAUGUGCUGAAUGAAAAGUUAGAGAGUUUACUGGUCACCCUUAAUGAUGAAGCAGAGGCCUCUACCCCUUCUCAGGAACAAACAAAAUCCCCUUCCUCUCCAGAACAAGAUUCUAGCAAUCAAGAUCAAGACACCGUCCCUGGGGUUAUUACCGCCCCCACCAAAACCAAAUCUGCCAUUUUUAAACCUAGAGAUGCCCUUAUGUCCAGAGCUAACAGUCUGAAAAAAGCAAUCCGCCAAAUCAUAGAACACACUGAGCGAGCUGUUGAUGAACAAAAUGCACAAACUGAGGAACAAUACCAGCGGAUGAAGGAGUCACCCCUGUACAAGGCAGACAGCUCCGAGCUGCUGGACUCCAGCGAGACUUCUCCACAAAGGGGGCUCGCUGCUCAUGCCGAGACAUCACGAUCAGCCCCUACAUUCUCCAUCUUCACCCUGGAGGCAGCUCCAAAAACCCCCAUAUCCAGUCCAAGGAACUUAGUUCACACUGAUCCUAACCUGAGCGUGAAGGACCUAGAAACGGGAGCGUCACGGAGGAUCAGCAGUAUGAGCAUGCUCAAUAAGACGGCCAGUGUCGGCUCGGUACUGGGCCGGGACAAAAGUCCUCAAAAGGAACUUACUGCUCCCUUGUUCGGGGUCCCCUUCCACACUAUCCUACCGGGUUUGAACAGUAACAUCGCCGGUAAGCUGGCGGGGGGAAGCUUUAUCAGUAAGGUCCUGUUGGCCAAUGCAGAUGCCCUGUGUGCUGCCGCUUCCCCCCUCGUGGAGGAUGACAUUCCACCGUCAGAAUAUACUGAGCGCUGUGUAAUGAACAAUUAUUUUGGAAUUGGAUUGGAUGCCAAGAUCACUUUAGACUUUCAAAAUAAACGAGAUGAACAUCCAGAAAAAUGCAGGAGUAGGACCAAGAACUUUAUGUGGUAUGGUGUGUUGGGAGGCAAGGAGCUGGUGCAGAGAUCCUUCAAGAACCUGGACCAGCGGGUACAGCUGGAGUGUGAUGGUCAGCGGAUACCACUGCCUAGCCUACAGGGCAUAGUCAUCCUCAAUAUACCAAGUUACAUGGGUGGAGCAAACUUCUGGGGAGGAACAAAGGAAGAUGAUACAUUUCAGGCCCCAAGCUUUGAUGACAAGAUUUUGGAGGUGGUGGCAGUGUUUGGGAGUGUUCAGAUGGCCAUGUCUCGAGUGAUCGACAUCCAACAUCACAGGAUAGCACAGUGCCGUCGUGUGAAGAUCACCAUCAUGGGGGAUGAGGCAGUGCCAGCACAGGUGGAUGGGGAGGCGUGGAUGCAGCCGCCAGGGUACAUCCACAUUGUCCACAAGAACCGCGCCCAGAUGUUGACCAGGGACAGGGUGUUUGAGAAUACGCUGAAGUCUUGGUCAGAGAAGCAGAAAGAGAUUGAGCGGUCCGUCAGCCCCCAGCCCACCUCUCUGUCUGAGGAGGAGUCCCUUGUACUACAGAACUUUGUGGAGGUUGCAUCCUCUCUCAUCAAAGGUGUGAAGAUUGCCUCCUUGAAGUACAGUGCAGUAGAGCAGGAGUUAUUUCCCCUUGCUACUCAAGCCUCGGAGUACAUGGACCGAUUGUUUCCUGCGGGAAAGUUAGCUGAGGUUAAACACAGACCUAUCAAAUUUAAAUCAAAAUUGAAACCAACCCUCAGGAGUCAGGUGAUUGACUUUGUUCGCAGCGUGCAGCACCUGAACCACGACACUAGUAACUUCCUGUCGGAGAAGGCCGCUGUUCUAAGACUUGCACCUGAUAUAUCAGAACGCCUGAAUGCUUCAUUGGCACACCUUGAGCUAGAGCUGCAGAAAAUCUGCCAGGUGUGCGGGAUUAACUCUACAUUCCAGUACGACCCCUCACAGAUCACACAAUCACAGGAGGAGUUGAUUCCCUUAGAACAUAAAAGAAAGCCAGGAAAAUUACGGCAAGUUUACAGCAAGUUAAAGGGAAAGAACAAAGACAAACAAUACAUUCCACUUUCAUACAAUGUUUAUAACUGGACGCCAGAAGAUGUGGGUCAGUGGCUCGAAUCUCGAUCUCUGUCUGAGUACAAAGACUCGUUCAUUCGUAACGAGAUACGUGGCACCGAGCUCCUAACUCUUGACAAGGGAGAUCUGCAGGACCUCGGAGUGACAAAGGUCGGGCACCUGAAGAGGAUUCAGCAGGGGAUCAAAGAACUCAACAACCGCAUGACUGCUUACGACAAAUCUCUGGUGUUCGACAAAAACUCCUCCUGACACCAUUAUUAACCAUAGAAACAGUUUAUGGGAGAUGGAGGAUUUUUCUUUUUCCAUUGUUCACAUAUAUAUUAAGCUAUUUUGAAUUCUUCCUGUUUAUUGUGACUUCUUUUUAAAUAUCACAUGCAAUGACCUCCGGUCUCAAACGAGAAAGAUAUAGAUAUGUAGACAAACAAAAAAACAAAACAGGGUAUGCACAGGUGUGUUAAUCCAGCAGUGACAGCUUCAGGUCCCUACACUUGAUGAGCAUGUUUGAUUUGUUGAGCGUGAGGAUGCCAUACCAAAGACGGGGAUGUUAUACAUAGUGCUGACCUGAUGAGCUGUUAUUGGCUCGUUACUGGUGCUUUAAUUGGUCAAGGUAGAGGUUUGUCCCGGAACUAGUUCAACCCAAAGUCAGUCUAGAGUGCUCUUGUAUCAAAGGAUAUUGUGCUAGAUGGUCAGUUUUAAUUGAAUCAAAUCGGACAUACCAAUGAUUCUUGAUGCCAUACAAUUUUAUUUUGUGGAUGUUUUAAAAUUACAUAUAUUUAUUUUUUUUUUCCCCUUUAUGAUAAAUACUUCCGUAGUGAAUAUUAAUACAAUGAGCAUUAAGUUGGAACAAGUUGUCUCCCUUUGUGAAGGAGUGUAGGGGCAGGCCUCCAUGAUUAUGUUAUGACUUUUUACAUAUUUUAUCUUGCCUAAGUCUUUCCAAAUGUCCACAACCAUAGUGUAAUACCUCUGUGUGUGUGAUUCUGUGUACUGUACCGUGUACUGCAUCUGUUGAUGCCCAGCUCCUCUAAUAGCGUAGGUCAAAGGUCAUGGAAACAAACAUUCAGGGUCGUAUGGGUCAUAGGGUACUAAUCAGUAACAAAAGCCUGGUGCAAAAAAAAAAUAAGAAAAUCAUGUGUGAACUACCAUGGUAUCUUGUUUCUCUGGAUUUUGUUGCUGAGAUGAUCCAGUAAAUCAUAUUAAGAGGGCUCGAUGGUCGUGGCCAUUUAUGGGCUGUAUUGAUCUCCUGUAAAAGAAGAGCUACAUAUAAAAAUAUUGGGGAAAAAAACAAUUUUAAAGGUAAAAUAUAAGGAUUUUUUCUUUACUAAAUAGCGAUUUGUAGCUAAACAAACAAUGCUUUAUCUUAAAAUUUGAGGUAAAUUUCAUGGAUAGUUUGUUGAUCAUCCAGCCUCCUUAUACUUAAGUAGAAACUUGAACAUGACCAAGAAUCCUAUAGAAAAGUGGUUGUCUACAAAUCUACAUUACUUUGAAACUUUGAAAACACAGAACAAUGGCCAGCGUGAUAAAUAUACUGGUAUAUUUCCCUGGCAGCCUCCUUUUAUCAUCAAUGUCGGUCAUAUUAUAAAUAUAUUAGCAGAUCUGGGCUUGAAGCAACAACAGAUGCAGUAUAUCAUUGUCUAUUUUUACAUUUUUAUAUGUAAUACGUGUUUUUCUUGUUAUUUAUGAAUCAUGUCUGCAGAUUGACGUCAAUGAUGAUGUUUAUAUAUUUUGUACCUUCAGAAACUGUUUUUGUAUCUUUUAUAUAUAUACACUGAAUUUCAUAUUUAAUGACAUGCACCCUUGUAUUCCCAUUCCUGCGACAACCAUAGAUCUUCCAUCUACAAUGUUAUUGAUGUUCUGUUUUUUAUUCUAUCAGCCAUUUCCAAAAUCAGUGAUAUUGUAUUUCUGUCUGUGGUCUAGAUUUCUUGCACUUGGCUGUAGUGGUGUACUAGUCAUUUUUUUCCCACUUUUAUUCAAGAGCACAUCAACCAUUGUUGGCUAAUAUCGUAAAAAGACAAGUUACUCUCAGUACUUUGAAUUCUUGUUAACUUUUGUCAAAAGAGAGUCAGUAUUCCAUUGAUAAAGAUAAGUGGCAUAUAAAAGAGCACUGUUUCAGAAAGCUCUCUUGUAAAAUACCUUAAAAUAUUAUGUGUUUUGUUUUUAUAAUUGAAAACAAAUCCACAUUUCUAGAUAUCCUCCAGUCUAUGCAUUGGUUUAGAUCAGCAGCUAAUUUUUCUUAUCGAACAUUAUUGUAUAUGAUCUAACAAAAACAAUUUAACUUGUAAUUGUAACCCAAAAGGCAUUUAUAAAUGAGAAAUGUUGUACAUAAAAGGAUUUCUGAGACAAAAUGCCUUUGAUAUAUAUGUACAUUUAUUUACAAGAAGUUGUUAUAAGCUGAUUAAAUGGCAAACAUUGUUCACCAUUAUUCAACCCCAUUAUUUUGGAUACCAUUAAUAGAAGUAUACAGUAUAUAUUCUUUCUUAGUAGAACACAAAUCAGUGGUGUUUUCUUUUGAUGAUCAACGAAAACAGCUUGCUUUUUUUGUGUAUAUUACACGAACCUGAUAUUUUCAAUCAUUGAUUUUGGGGGGGGGGGGGGGGGGGGGGGGGGGGGGCAAGCUAUCCGAAAAGAUUGUUAUAAUGAAGGAGGUAAUAUUACUGCUUUCAACAAAAAUCCAAUUAAGAUGAAAAUACUUUUAUAUUAUAUCCACUGUGGUUAUACAGUAGCAGAUUUGUAGAUACCUGGUCUAGAGCCCUUGUAGAAAAAAAGGUGAGACCUGAUUUAGGUUCACCUCUGAUUUAUAAGUAGUAUUGGCAAAUAUUCUGUUCAACUCAAAGGUUAACUGUGACAAUCUCCUAGAAAUACAGUUAUAUGUCUGCAAUUAGCUAUGUGUACAGAAUCGAAUCCAGAUUAUAAUUUUUUUUAUGAAAAUCAUUCCUUUGAUUAAAGAAGCCUUACCUCU